AGAUUCAUCAGGAUGAGCCUUCCGGCCCCACCCAGACUCGUGGAUCUGGCAGGUCAGAGCCUGCUGAAGGACCAGGCCUUGGCCAUCGCUGCUCUGGAGGUGCUGCCCAUGGAGCUCUUCCCACCGCUGUUCACAGCGGCCUUUGCUGGGAUGUACAGUGAGACCCUGAAGGCGAUGGUGCAGGCCUGGCCCUUUGCCUGCCUUCCUCUGGGGGCCCUGAUGAAGGAGCAGCAGCCUCACCAGGAGAUCUUUCAAGCUGCACUGGAUGGACUCGACGUCCUGCUUGCCCAAGAGCCUCGGCCCAGGAGGUGGAAACUUCAGGUGCUGGAUUUACGGAAGAAUGCUCAUCAGGACUUCUGGACCGUGUGGUCUGGGACCAGGGCCAGUAUAUACUCCCUGUUGGAGCCAGAGGUGGCCCAGCCCGUGAAGAAGAGGCAAAAAGUAGAUAGUUGCAGGCCAGGGCCCAAGCAGACCUUGGCUCCUGUGGAGGUGCUUAUCGAUCUUUGCCUCAAAGAAGGCACCCCUGAUGAGUCUCUCGCCUACCUCAUCCGGAAAGUCAAGCAGGGCAAAGGUCUGCUGCACCUGUGCUGUAAGAAGCUGAAGAUUUUCGCCAUGCCGAUGCAGAACAUUAAGAAGAUCCUGAAAAUGGUGCAGCUGGACUCUAUCCAGGAUUUGGAAGUGAAUUGUACCUGGAAACUGUCCACCCUGGGGAAGUUUGCUCCUCACCUGGGUCAGAUGGGCAAUCUGCGUAGGCUCCUCCUCUCCCACAUUCACAUGUCUGCCCACUCCACCCCCACGAAGGAGGAACAGUGUGUCAGCCAGUUCAUCUCUCAGUUCCUCAGGCUGCACUACCUUGAGGAGCUCUAUUUGGACUCUAUCUCCUUCCUUAAGGACCGCCUGGACCAAGUGCUCAGCUGCCUGAAGACCCCCUUGGAGACCCUGUCAAUAACUAACUGCCUGCUUUCGGAAUCAGACUUGACGCAUCUGUCCCAGCACCUGAACGUCAGUCAGCUGAAGGACCUGGAUCUCAGUGGGGUCAACCUGACCUGUAUGAGUGCCGGGCCCCUCCAAGUUCUGAUAGAGAGAGCCUCUGCCACCCUCCAGGACCUGGACUUAGAUGAGUGUGGGAUCAUGGACUCCCAGUUCAGUGCCAUCCUGCCUGCCCUGAGCCACUGCUCGCAGCUCAUGACUUUCAGUUUCUGUGGAAACCCCAUCUCCAUGGCUGUCCUGGAGGACCUGCUUCACCACACCGUCGGGCUGAGCAAGCUGAGUCACGUGCUGUAUCCCGCCCCCCUGGAGAGUUACGAGGAUGUCCGUGGCACCCUCCACCUGGGCAGGCUUGCCCACCUGCAUGCCAGGCUGAAGCAGAUGCUGCAGGAGCUGGGGCGGCCUGGCAUGGUCUGGUUCAGUGCCAACCCCUGUCCUCAUUGUGGCGAUAGGACCUUCUAUGACCCGGAGCCCAUUCUCUGCCCCUGUUACAUGCCUGUGUAGCUGGAUGCGUGUAUCCCAGGCCUCGUUCUGGGCACUUGGAUGCUGAAGCCCAGGUGUAAGUGUUUCUUGACGGAACACAGAAGCCACAGUUUGAGACACCUGCCCAAUGUGAGCAGCGAAAGGAAAGGUGAUCGGGGAGGGGGGGAUGUUGACCUGGGAGUUAAUGGGAUCUUCGGGGAGACGCAUUUAGAGCAUUAGAAGUAUGAAUCUGAAUUUCUAGAGGGAGAUUCGAGUUUGGGAGGUAGAUGUGGGAGUUAUCCCUGAAUGGAUGGUUGUAAAGCAGU